AUGCUCCGCCAAUUCGUCCGUCCCGCCGCCACUGCCAACCGGGCAGUCUUCACCCGCUCCUUCUCCGUAGCUGUUCCUCGCAUGGGCGAAGGUGACACCGGUGCUCCCCGCUCUAGUGGUGGUGCCUCUUCCGGUGAUGCCUUCACCAAGCGUGAGGCUGCCCAAGAGAGCCUUUAUAUUCGUGAGAAGGAGCUUGAGAAGCUUGCUCAACUCAAGAAGAAGAUCAACGAGCAGCGCAAGCACUUGGAUGAGCUGGAGACCCACAUAGACACAUACCCCACCAUGACUCUCUUCGUCCUACCAAAUGAGCUUCUGCUAGCCAUAGCAGAGGCCCAAGACUCCCAAAAUGACAUGAAUGCAUUUGCAAGAACCAGUCGCCGCUGCUAUAUCCUCCUGAACUCCUUCCUCUAUGCCUACAACGUCCGAAAGCAUCAAGCUAGCGCACUCCAUUGGGCAGCAACCAAAGGACAAUUAAGAACAGCCCAAGAAUCAAUCCGACAAGGAGCGGAGAUCGAAUCGAAGAAUAUUCAAACCGGAAGAUCGCCAUUGAUACAGUCCACUCACUGUGGCCAUGCAGACAUUGUUGCGUUGCUGUUGGCACAUGGAGCCAACCCGCAUGCCAAAGGCGGCUGGGGACUCCCCCUAGACGCAAUCACAUUGGCUGUGGCCCACAAUAAAGCAGCCGUCGCUAAAAUUUUGCUUGAUAACGGCGUUGAUGUGAACUCGACGGGCUCCAGGGCCAGCCUAUUGCAUCUCGCGGCUGAGAAACGCCCCACAAGCCGCGAGGCAGUAGCUAGAGUUCUUAUCGAGAAAGGUGCCAAAAUGGAAUCUAUGAAUUCCUUGAAACAGACUCCGUUGCAGGUAGCGUGUCAGUCUGGCUCCGUGGAAGUGGCCCGGUGUCUAAUAGAAAGCGGUGCUGAAUUCAAUAUACGGGAUCGAAGUGGAAUGUCGCUCCUGCAUCUGGCAUCCUCUAAUGGAGUCGAGACCGCCAAGUUGCUGGUGGAGAAAGGAGCCGAUAUUGAGGCAAAAGACGAGAAAGGCGAGACACCGCUGCAUGUGGCAUGUUGGAGCGGCCAGGUAGAAACAGCGGCGUUCUUGCUGGAUAAAGGUGCAAAAAUAGAGGCACAAUCGACAAAAGGGAACACGCCAUUGUUGCGGGGGGUACUCUGGGAGAACACCGUAUGCAAGAACCUGAAUCCACCCUCCGUGGCCGCUCUCUUGCUGGAACGAGGUGCGGAUCCAGGACGGGGAAAUGAUUGUAAUAUCACACCAUUGCAUUGUGCGACGUCGAAAGAAAAUGCAGGGCUUUGCAAGAUAUUGUUACAAUAUGGUGCCGACCCAGAGUCAAAAACUACCAAUGGCGUGACACCGCUACACAGAUUAGCGCUGAAUGGCUCUUUUGAUUCCGCAAGGCAUUUGUUGCAGAAAGGCGCUGAUGUACAACCAAGGGACAGCCAAGGCAAUACGCCAUUGCACGUGGCAGCGAAGAGAAAUGAUGUGAAAUUCAUUGAGUUGCUACUAGAGGCAGGCGCUGACCGGCUGAUCAAGAACCGCAAGGGUCAGUUGCCUAUACAUCUAUCAUCAGAAGGAGCAGAGAAAUCAAGGAAAAGGCAGAAAGAAGUGAUGGAUCUUCUGGAGACUCGGUCCGAACAUUAA